AUGUUGGUUCAGGAUCGUGUGGCUCCAAAGCCGCCAAAAUCUCGGAUCAAAGAACUCUCUCUUCACCAACACAGCCACCGAUUCUCUGAACCCAAAAACCUCGAUUUCUCGUCAUGGUUUUCCGAAAAUUUCUACAGAAUCGGUCUCCUCUUCCUCUUCGUCGUCACCGCCGCUGCUUUCUUCUUCCUCUACAACACCACCGACACAGCUUCCCUCAUUUGCUUCCAGUCCCAAUCAACUCAAUCGAUCCAAUCUCUCACUCGCCCUCAAAUCAACUGGAACUCGAUCCAAAUCCUCUCUGACAAAACCUCCCCGUACGCCAACUUCCGCACCGAGAAAUGGAUCGUCGUGUCGGUGACGAAUUACCCGACGGAGGAGCUCAAAGGUCUGACGAAGCUCAAAGGAUGGCAACUCCUAGCGAUCGGAAACUCUCAAACCCCUAAAGACUGGGAACUCAAAGGCUCGAUUUUCCUAUCUCUCGAAGCUCAAGCCGGUUUGAAUUACCGGAUCCUGGACCAUCUCCCUUACGACUCAUUCGUCCGGAAAACCGUCGGUUACUUGUUCGCGAUCCAGCACGGCGCGAAGAAGAUCUACGACGCGGACGAUCGCGGCCAAGUGAUCGACGGAGAUCUCGGGAAACAUUUCGACGUGGAGCUUGUAGGCGAGGACGCGAGGCAAGAGCCGAUCUUGCAGUACAGCCACGAAAACCCGAACCGAACCGUGGUGAACCCGUACAUCCAUUUCGGUCAGCGAUCGGUUUGGCCUAGAGGCUUGCCGUUAGAGAACGUAGGAGAGAUCAACCGCGAGGAGUAUUACACUGAGGUCUUCGGUGGCAAACAGUUUAUACAGCAAGGCGUCUCCAACGGUUUACCGGAUGUUGACUCUGUUUACUACUUCACGAGGAAGACGACUUUAGAGCCGUUCGAUAUCAGAUUCGAUGAGCAUUCUCCUAAAGUGGCCUUGCCUCAAGGUAUGAUGGUGCCUUUGAAUUCGUUUAACACGUUAUACCAUUCCUCUGCGUUUUGGGGUUUGAUGCUUCCUGUCUCGGUUAGCUCCAUGGCUUCUGAUGUGAUUAGAGGUUACUGGGGACAGAGGCUGUUAUGGGAGCUUGGUGGUUACGUCGCUGUUUAUCCGCCUACAGUUCACCGGUACGAUCGCGUCGAAGCUUACCCUUUUGCAGAGGAGAAGGAUCUCCACGUCAACGUGGGUCGUUUGAUCAAGUUCUUGCUCGCUUGGAGAUCGGAUAAGCAUAGGUUCUUCGAGACGAUUCUUGAUUUGAGCUUUGUUAUGGCUGAGCAAGGGUUUUGGAAUGAAGUGGAUGUGAAGUUCACAGCUGCUUGGCUUCAGGAUUUGCUUACUGUCGGGUACCAACAGCCUCGGUUGAUGUCGCUUGAGCUGGAUCGGCCGAGAGCAACGAUAGGGCAUGGAGACAGGAAAGAGUUUGUUCCGAGGAAGCUGCCUUCUGUUCACUUAGGAGUCGAGGAGAUUGGCACGGUGAGCUCUGAGAUUGGGGAUUUGAUCAAGUGGAGGAAGAGUUUCGGGAACAUCGUGCUUGUUAUGUUCUGUAAAGGACCUGUGGAGAGGACAGCUCUUGAGUGGAGACUACUUUACGGGAGAGUGUUCAAAACCGUUGUCAUUUUGUCCUCUCGUAAAAACUCUGAUCUUUACGUUGAAGAAGCUAAUCUCGAUCACAUCUACAAGUAUUUACCGAAGAUUUUUGAUCGGUACAGUAGCGGAGAUGGUUUUUUGUUCGUGGAAGACGAUACAAUACUGAAUUACUGGAAUUUAAUACAAGCCGACAAAACUAAGCUCUGGACUACGGACAAGGUUAGCGAGUCAUGGACAACGGUGAGAUCAGCUGGGAAUUCUGAUUGGUAUUCGGUUCAGGCGGAAUUGGUUAAGAAAAUUGUCGGUACAAUGCCGGUUAAUUUCCAAGUCAGUUACAAGGAGGCCACGAUGAAGAGCCAUGAGACAGUCUUGACGGUAUGCAGCUCAGAAGUAUUCUAUGUCCCAAGACGGUUCGUUGCUGACUUCACCGAUCUUGUGAAUCUCGUGGGCGAUAUGGAUUUGCAUUACAAAGUGGCUUUGCCUAUGUUCUUCCUGUCCAUGGAUUCGCCUCAGAAUUUUGACCCGGUUCUAGGUUCCAUGGUGUAUAAGAUGGAACCAGCUUUGUUGAACUCUUCAUUGAGUUUUUAUUCUGCGGAAACAGCUGCGGUUCAUCCUUGGAGCAUCUCGAGCGAACAAGAUUUCAUCAAAUUGGUACAAAAAAUGGCCAAAGGCGAUCCUCUUUUGAUGGAAUUGGUAUGA